AUUGGUGUUUGUCAUGUGGGAAUGGAGUAAACAUGUCGUCGCAAAACAGCGCCUCUAAACAGCGCCAGCAGAAUUAAAAGUGAAGAAGAAAUAAUUUUUUCUCCGUUGAAAAAACUGCAAUAUUAUUGUUUAUUUGGUGUGCGACCAAACAAGUACGGUGUGGCUAAUUAAUCGGUGUGUCCGUACGGUGUGCAAAAUCAACGAAAAGUCGAAAUGGAGAAGCGGAUAGAUUUGGAAAAGCGAGGAAGGCCGGCGUCGCAGAUCACUGAGCUUAACUUGGACAACUGCAGAAGUACAAAUAUUGUUGGCCUCAAUGAAGAAUUUGUGAAUUUGAAGCAGCUCAGCCUGAUAAAUGUUGGUCUUACCACCCUCAAAGGAUUCCCAAAAUUACCAAAUCUCAAAAAGUUGGAGCUCUCUGAUAACAGAAUUUCAAAUGGCUUGAAUUACCUGGAAGUAUCACCAAACAUUACGCACUUGAAUCUAUCUGGGAACAGACUAAAUGAGUUGGAUGCCUUGAAACCCCUUGAGAAUUUCAAACAUUUAGAAGUACUCGAUUUGUUCAACAAUGAAGUCACUGUCAAGGAGAAUUACCGCGAGAAGACCUUCCAGAUGCUUCCAUCGCUGAAAUAUCUCGAUGGAUUUGACUCCAAAGACAUGGAAGCUCCGUCUGAUGCUGAUGACGAUGAAGAAGUUAAUGGGUACGCCAAUGCAGAUAACUAUGAAGAUGAGGAAGAAGCCUUCAGCAUAGGGGGUCUGGAGAUUGAUUUGAAGGAAUUGGCACUCUUUGAGAAGCACCUCAAAGAGAAACGUGCCCAACAAGCGCCAAAGGAGGGAAUUCGCGAAGAAAACUGUGAUACAAAUGUGCCAGAUGAUUUAGAUGAAUAUUUAGAGCAAUUAAAGCUCAAUGAGAGUCAAAGGAGAGAUUGCGUGGAGGUGGAGGAGAAGCAGAAAGAGGAGAAACGUGUUUCAUUCCUCACGAUGUUCUUUACCCUCCUGGCUAUUCUGUCUUUGGGAAAUUUAGUUUUUCGUUCCGGUGAGAGUGGCGAAGAGGAUGAGGAUGAAGAUGAUGAUGACGACGAUGAUGAUGAGGAUGAGAAUGAUGAUGAUGAUGGGGACAAUGGAGAUGUUUCCCUGUCCGAGGUGUACAAUGAUGACAUUGAGGAGGACAACUCGGACUGGAAUGAGGAGAAUGAGGAAGGUGGGGAGGAGGGGGAUGAUGAUAUUGAUUCCGAUGAAGAUGCAGAAGAAGGUGCCCAACAACCCAAAGAUGGUGAAGAUGGAGCCGCAGCGGCUGUUGCAGAAGAAGAAUCCCCUGCAAGAGGCAAAAAGCGGAAGCACGAUGGGUAAAUGAGUGUGAAAGAGGUGAAAAGUUGGGUUGCGACGAAUAAUGCAUCACACCCCCACUUGUAGCAUUUUAAUUUUUUCAUUGUACAAUUUAUUUUUUUUUUUUUUGAGUUACUAGCAUUAGGAAGAUUUAAGUGAAAGAACGGAGAGAGCAUGCAAGGUAAGAGUAAAAAAAAAUAAAUAAUUGAAAUAGAAAUGGUUUUAAGACAUCCCCGCACAUAAAAACACGCAAGUGAAUUGAAUAGAAAUUGCGCUUGGAAUCAAAUUUAAAGAAUACAGGACUGUUGAAGAGAGGAAAAGGUUGAAAAAAAGGGACGAAAUAAUUCAAUGAAGCAGAAUAGACAUGAAAAAUAAGGUCCAUCAUAUCGUUUUAAAGGAAAUAUUUGCCAUCAAAGAGAAUGCUCUCGUUGUUUUUUGGAUGUUUUUUCUCCCGAGUCUUGCUUAAAUUUCUUUUUAAAAAAAACUGCAGUCUUUAAUUUUUAAUAUUGUCUGUUUAAACGUCCAUGAAGCUUAUGCUUCUGACGCAUCAUGGCUGACUUUUUUCGAGUUUUUGUCCUCCAUUUUUUUUAUUUAAAAAAAGUCUUUCAAUUUAAUUCUAAAUUCAAAGAAAAAGGGAGAAAAAAGGUGUAAGGAAAAGUAAUAGAAAGUACAUUAAGGUUUCAUUUGUUGUACAUAAGCACCACACAACUAACACUAAUAAGAUGCAUUUUAUUAUAAAUGUAAUUUUUAUGUUUUUUUUCUCUUCUUCCUGUAUUCAAAUUUUUGUUUUACUUUAUCUUUUUGUUUUCAAUUUUCUCCUUUUGCAAACUAAUCACAAUUUUUAAUAAAAAUUCUAAGUAGAUUUUAAUUAUAUAUAAAUACAUAAAUCACUUUAUUUGUUUUUCUUCGCUACUAAGCAGUAAAUGUGUGAACGUGAAAAUUAAUUAUUCAGUGAAAAAGAAAUAUAAAAACCAGAAAUAGAAAAA